AUGGCUUCUACUCUCCAAAGCCAGGCCCCAAAGCCCUCUUCAUUCAUCCUCUCCUACCCUACGCCCUCCAUUCUCCUCAUAACCAUCAACCGACCUCAGCAGAUGAACUCGAUUCCCUCUGCCGCUCACUGGGAAGCUGAUGCUAUCAUCCAAUGGUUCGACAAUGAGCCCUCACUCCGUGUAGCAAUCAUCACCGGCGCAGGAAGCAAAGCUUUCUGCGCAGGCCAAGACCUCAUUGAACAGGCGAUAUUCAGGAAAAACCCGCCUCCAGCGUCCGCACGCCGUCACCCACCGACUGGCUUCGCCGGGAUCAGUAAAAGGGUUGGUAAGAAGCCUGUCAUCGCUGCAGUAAAUGGCUUCGCCCUUGGUGGUGGCUUUGAAAUCUGUUUAAACUGGAAUAGUGAUUUAGUGGUAGCAUCUCCUACGGCUUCGUUUGGCUUGCCUGAAGCCACAGUUGGACUAUAUGCUUCAGCUGGUGGUCUCCCACGCGUAGUAAGGAACUGUGGGAUGCAAGUGGCGUCCGAGAUAGCGCUGACGGGCCGUCGGCUCACUCCGGAAGAAGCGCUGAAACACAACCUCAUAAACAAGAUUUCUAAGACUCAAGAAAGUGUUAUUGAUGAGAGUAUCGAGAUGGCAAAGAAGAUUACUAUGUUGAGCCCUGAUGCGGUGAUUGUGACAAGGGCGGGAUUGAGAGAGACAUGGGAGACGGCAAGUGUCGAGCGUGGCGCGCAGAUUAUCAGCGACAGGUUUGACCGCCACCUUUUUGAGGGGGAGAACAUGAAAAUUGGGGUGGAGGCUUUUGCCGCAAAGAAAAAACCACAAUGGGUGCCUAGCAAGCUUUGA